AUGACUUAUAACUGUAGACUAACUGGUAAGCCGAAACUGUAUUAGACAACCGUGAAACGAGCCCUUUAAUAAAAAGGGUUCAUGCAUGCGUAGACAGGGUGAUCAUUGAAAUUGAAAAACGUUAGAGACGGGGCCUUUUACAAUCCAAUCGAAUUUCACUGGGGCAUAUUCGGCUGUUGUUGUUAUAUCAUUCUAGCAUUCAUUACCUUUCUGAUUCGGGAUCGAAUAAACAUAAUCAUUCCUUUCGUUGUCCAAUUCAGUAUUAAUCAAAGCUUUACAUUGAACGUCCGAGAUUGAGAAACGUCGAGCUUAACUCAGAUAACUCGAUUUGGGCAAAUUCGUCCAAUUAAGCUUUAAAUGACCUGAUUUAGAAGACUGGGAAUUAGCUCGAAUUCAAGAGCCUGUCAUAGGUUCUACUUUUGUGUAUAAAUUUGGGCGAAUCAUAUUCAAAACUAAUCUAUGUACCAUUAACUUUUAAAUGCAGUCAGUUUUUUACCAUAGCCUGCUUUAGCCGGAACGAAUGGCAAAUGUAUAAUUCCAGAAAAUAUCCAUACCCCCUCCCCCCUUGGAGGGUAACAGAAAUUCAGAGGGGAACGGGGUCCAAAAUGAGGCAAUUUCCGGGGAGGGUGGCGGGUAGCCUUUCGAGGUUUUUUUCCGGCGGAGACUCCGAGUAAGAUUGGUAGUUAUUAAAAGCUAACAGCUGUUCUGUUGAACAAGCUAUCAGUUAUUUUUCUAUCAAUCGGUGUUUCGAUGAUCUUUUAUUUGCGGUUGGCUGAGUGCUUUUUUCACGGCUUGCACGAUAGUUACUGGGAAGUUUCUCAGCAGACGUAUGUCCAGAUAUUACUGGCCAGUUUGGGUGUGGUCAUAUGGCAAAAUUCAGACCUUCAGUGGGGGUAGGACAGGAGGGGUUCGGUAGGAAAAUGGGUGUGGCCUGAAGACAAAAUUCACCCGUUCAGUGGUGGGGAGGGGGCUGGACGGGAAAGAGGUUUCUGCCAAAUACCACAUAGCAAUUAUUCUAGACAUUGGAUAACCUCAGACACCCUAAAUUAUCUUUUCCCAGAAACAGUUUUCUCCCACGGACAUAUCAUUUCUUCCACAUCUCCCACCCAGCAAAAAUUUUGAGGAAAAUAUUCUUUCCAGCUGGGGGGCGAGGGGGACCCAACCAAGUUGGAAAAUUACCGAAAUUCUAGGGGUUGUCAAUACACGACAAGUUGACAAAUAAUUUGUGCCGAAAUCUAGACGCCUUGUCGGUCAAAAAUUUAAACGCUAAAAUCAAGGUCAUAUUUUUAGUUCGUUUGGUUAAAAAUUUGAACGGUGCGAUGUGAACACAUAACCGUUUUUUGUACGGCAAAGGUGAGGUUACAAGGAUGCGUGGUAGCUCCGCUGGGAGACGCCAUCUUGCAUGGUUUGCUAAAGUAGCGCUCUGCGUAUGGGCAGAUGGCAAAACCUCUGAAAAUUAUAAACGGUGUCGUGUGAAUAUUCGUCUGGUGCCGUUUGAACGUGGCCCACUGUUUUAGUUGUUACUUUAAAAUAUUGCCGUAGCCGGAGUUAACACUAAAUUUAAUAACAUACGUAAUGUAAUGUAGCGUCAUUUAAUUUUCGUUACAGCUCUUCGGGCUAUCAAUACGAUGCAAAGGCGAUUCGUGACUACGGUGGCGAAAAAUCUGCAUGUCACUUUCGGUAGCUCAAAGCGCGUUGUGCAGUUCCAGGAUGGCGAGGAAGUAAAACACUUGCGUCAUCAUUUUCUACGUGUGUUCUCUGACGUCCUGUCCGAUCAAGUUGCACCAACAAAUGUGACGUUCCAAAGUUAUGACAAAAGGUUUGAUGAUUAUCUAGACCUUGCGAAUAACACAGAACUGCAAGAGAAUUCUCGAAUAAAGGCUUUGAUUGUCUCUAAGCAAGAAGAUGCUAAGGUACUGUGAAAAAAACCAUAUUUAGUCUCAUACCCCAGCUUAUCAAAGCCUCCCAAUUAAAACCUAAUAAGCAAAUUUAAGGUAUUUGAGCACAUGGUACAGCUUUUCAACAACAACCACAGCAACAACAACAGCUUUAUUUAUUUCACAAUCUUGGUUACAAAAAAUAAUAAUGAUAACGAAAAUACAACCCGCAAGCAGCAAACCCUAUUCGGGGCGGGAUGUGUAAAAAAUAAAAAAAAAAACUGAAAUAAGUAUACUAAUUGAAUAAAUGAAAUAGUUCAGUAGAUUCGUAAAGUUAAAUGUAAACAAAAAAAAGUGUUACAAGAAAAAGGAAGAUUAAUUAGCUAAGACAAUAGAGCACAAUCAAUUACGAAAAAGGGUAAAAUAAGGUACAAAUGCUUUACAAGCAAAAUAAAAAUACUUAAAGAAAUUCAGCUGUUGUAAUGUUUCAAAUGAUCUAACCAAAGCCAGCUACAUAAGAUUAGUACUUUCUAAAAAAGUUGCUGUUAUGUUGUUUUUUUUUUUUUCCGGCGGCCACAUAGCCAUCCAGUUUUUGUAAAGAUCACCUUAAAGAGAACUGGUUUCCCUCUUUCUGGCAUCAUUAUACCAUUCCUUGGUACUUCAUACAAACUUCACAGCCUUCAGACCUCAAACCACAUCCUAUAAUUGAAAACAGCCCAUACCGCCUGUGGAAUAUCGUAAGCAACGGCUUGAUUCAGAGGUCUCCCGCUGACCCAGCAGUUGUAACUUGCAUGGGUGGUUUCAAUAGUGACAACAGUAAGUUUGAUUUGCAUUUCAAAUGAGCAUACAACUUGGAGGGAGUGACUGUGGCGGAGAAGACAGUCUGAUUAUAUAAAAGCCUCCUCGGGUUACUCCCUUAUAUAGGCUUUUCAGGUAUGUGCGUUACCAAAGGGUAUCAAUGGUUUUUUAGACGUUAUGGUCUGAAAUAGGGUAUCAAUUUUGACCAUUUUGGUCUGAAAUAGAGUUACAAGGGUUUCAGGAAGGGUGCCGCUUUAUGGAAGUACCCCCCUCCCCCCACCCCCGGGUUAAAAGCGUUGUUUUUCGGGAAUUUCCGCACAUAGUUCUUAAACACUGCUAACCGAGAUUUCAUUUGAUCAAAAACAAAAAAAGACUCCGUUAAUCAUAGUAGAGUCCUUGGUAGACAGAUUGAGAAUUCUGCAACGCUGAUCGCACAAGAUGAAAAUUAACUUUGCAAGAGUCAAAACGACACCGAUAGAACCCAACACGGAGCUGGAUUGUAGCCGUCGACAGCUGCCGUUCGCCGUAAUUGUGGCUCUUCAGGACGGUGUAACAAUUUUCUUAACUCAGUAAUUAAAAAAAAAAAAUUUGGAUGUAUUUUCGAAAGUUUUAAAUGUACAACAUUUUUCUUUUGCGGAGGGGAGGGGGGGAAAGAGUGGAGGUCGGUGAUUAUAAUUUUUAAAACUGAACUGGAAAAUAUUGGAUUGAGGGGCUGUUAAAAAUUGAUAUUAUAUGAAGCGAAUAAUAAGUAGACAAAUACAUGACAGAUAGUCCACUACCAGAACAAGGUGCCUCUGAGCUCAUUACCAGACUACCUGGUUCAUGUGUAUUCCUUUUCCCUCUACCCUAAUGUAUUAUAUUUCUUCAAAUAGAAUCAACAUAAAGAAGCAACAAACAUGCCCCUUUAAAAUGGUGUACAUUUUUUUUUCUUUUCAGCUGUGAUAAAGGCAAGACACAUAGCGAUGAAUUAUUGGUAUUUGGUUUUUGAGGAACCUGGCGGUACAUUGUUAUAUAUUACUGCUGCUGGAGGCGGUCAGCAAGUCACUGUCCAGGUGAGUCAUUCCUCAACGAAGCCUUUUCCCUCGUAGUAUUAGAACCGUGCCCUGGCCUAUUAUUAGAAGCGAUGAGGACGACUAGAAGGAUAAGAUUUCCUCAACAGUAUAAGGUAGUGCGCAAGUGAUCCAGCGGUAGUUUUGGAGGGAAAAAACGUCAAAUAGCGGCCAUUCUAGUUACGGCCUUUUCCGAGAGCAUUGUUGUGGCAAAAACAAGUUAUUUUUAUAGGGCUUAACCUCGAUUAAUAGAAAUAACCGCGCUAGCUUUUCUGAAGACGAAGAAGAAGAAGAACAACAACAACAGCAACAAAAAGAAGAAGAAGAAGAAGAAUGAAGCUUUCAGGUGUCUCGAUUUUUUUAGAAUACUGCAAAAAAAAAUUAACUCAUAUCUCGUCUUCAUAGUCGUCCUCUUCACACAUCAAAUCUGAAGGUUGCAAGUCUCAAUCGUUUUUCAAGAAACAUAUAUACCUUUAUCGGCUUUAUAAUCACGGUUUAACCAGCUUGGACGACACGACACCAUAUGCCAACAAACAACUUGACAAAACCAAAAGCAGCGGUUAACUAGGUAAACCAACGUAUGUUGAUAAUUUAUUACAAUAAUUUUCUUAUGCUAAGCAACAUACUUCUCUCAAAAGGAACCAAUGCAGUGAUUGUAAAAUUUUUAGUUUAAAAUAGGGGUCCGAAACCAUUAGCAAACCAUCUUACAUGUCAGCCGUCUCUUCGUCCAUCGCGCACAUUAUAGGGCAGGACUGCAACUGAUCUGAUAAAAGAUCUGCUAAUAAAGCUUUACUUCUGAAGUUAACGUUUAUUGACGACUGUAGCUUUGGAAUCAUCAGACUCUUCCGGAUUUAGGCAAGUCUAUUCCAAAGAUCCCAAUUCAAAACUGUGGCCAGUGGGUUUGAAAUGAACAUCAAUGAAGAUGUUCAGUCUCUUUUACCGAGUGCAGAGUAAAAAUGUCUUUGUUCCUUCUGUCACUGCACGGUUAAGAUGUUAAAAUGUCUAAUUUUCCGUUUUAUGAAGUACACGACAACAAAUUUUUUUGUCUCUUUUUGAACUUAGAUAUUGGUUCUUAGGAAUUCACCUCCAGGGAAUUCUGAUAAAUUUGACAAACUAAGUGACUUGUAAGGGAGUUGGCCUAAUCGCAAUGAAGAUUGAAAAAAUACGCGAAUUCAGAUAUUAAGCGAGUCGGACGUGAUUUACGGUAUUGAGGCUUUUCUUUUAAGCGGUAAUGUGAGGAUGAUUUUGGUAUCAUCUAGCCCUGCAGUAUGCGGUUUUUCAUCCCUUUGGCUGACGGUAUAUUCAGUAAACGUAGAUCCUACACGGUAUUGCUGCAAUACCUUUCAUUUGCGCUCUCCUAAAAUACAGGUCAAUUCAAUAAUGCCCAACACAAAAUAAAGUAAGCAAUCGCUUGUCUUCUCACGUUUUCUGGCAAUGGCUGAGGUUGAUUUCUGGUGCAAACAUGUUUGAGAUAAUCAAACACGCCUAAUGGAUGCAAUUUAAGUAUUUUAUAAAGCGUGACCGAUCAUAAAUGCGGUAUAGAUUUUUCUGUCGAUUUCGAGAUGACAUUUCGGUCAUUACCAACUUUUCUUACCGUAUUACGGUUAUAUUGAGUACGCCCAAUGUCCCUCUCAAGUCAAACUCCAUUCAUUUCACUACCCUUUCAAAAAGCCCUUUCCUAUCCUAAUCUACUUUUUUUAUUGUUCCAGACAAGUCCAUCUGAAGAGGCAAAAUUUGAGCCCGACUUUUACUGGGGUCAUACAGUUUUCAAGAGCAGUCGUUACAACACCUUGUACCUUGGAUGUGACGAGAACAAAAUAGCAACACUUGUACCCAUGAAAGAAACGAGUUACCCAAAUCCACAAGCUAUGUUCAUUGUUAAUGAAUUUAAUGUUGUGUUGCCCCCCGAUUGUAACUGA